AGUAACAAAAGUUGAUCCUCUUAUAAUUAAUGUGCGUCGUCAACUAGCUAGCGCUAGCGAGACCAAAAAUCAAAAGCCAAGGCCGCCGGCCAGGUUCAAUCAUCAUCGAUCAUAUCCAUCACAUGCAAUGAGCACCUCCGGAGGCUCCUUACAGCACACCACUGGAAAACACCCAACCUUACAUGGAAUACGUAGCAGGAACGGGAAAUGGGUGGCUGAGAUUCGUGAACCGCGUAAAACCUCACGUAUUUGGCUUGGAACUUACCCAACGCCCGAGAUGGCUGCAGCUGCUUACGACGUGGCAGCUUUGUCCCUCAAGGGUCGUGAUGCCAUGUUGAAUUUUCCUGACUUGGUUGGAUCAUAUCGCGUCCCCGAGUCCCCUGAGCCAGCCUUGAUAAGGAGUGCGGCUGGUGACGCUUCCGAGUUGGCGAAACAGUUCAUGGAGAGGGAAACCCAUCACCGGACUCAUCAUGUACGUGGUACUUAUAAUAAUGAGAAUAACAUGAAUGAUGAUCAGUUCAUAGAUGAAGAAGCAAUAUUUGAUAUGCCGAAUUUGUUGGUGGAUAUGGCGGAGGGAAUGCUGGUGAGUCCGCCACGACAGAUCAUCACUACGGAUGAUCGCUCGUUAGGGGACUCUUCUGAGUGUGACAACUUAUGGAGCUAUUAAUUAAUUAGUCGUACGUUUCAAUUGGUUGUUCAUAUUACACUUUGGAUAAGACAUUUUUGUUGUUCUUUCAUGCAUAGAUGUUGUAUCAUGCAUAUAUAUAGUCUAUAAAUAAAUAAGUCCAAUUUAAUGAUACAAAGGUGGUUUAAGAAAA